UAAGGCUACUCACAAGUUAACAAAAUUUGCUUUAGGGGUGGAUGAAACUUGCUUUUGAUUGAAUUGUAUCUCUCCACCUAUAAAUUUUGUUGUUGUAAAUAAUUUACCAUCUUAAUUUAUAACACCAAAUUUUAUUCUAAAAAAAAGUAAUAUUUAUCUAACUAUUAAAAUUAGUAUUACUAAAUCUCACAAACUAUUUAACAGCCAUUUUAAUAUACUACUCAGACGGACGGAGCCUGUCGAGUUUUCGUGCAAAUUUCGAAAAUGGCAACGGCGGCAUUUCAGAAUCUUUUGCAAGUGGGUACGAAGAUCGUCGGCGUCGGGAGAAACUACGUUGCUCAUGCCAAAGAACUAGGCAACGCCGUUCCCAAGGAGCCUGUGUUGUUUCUAAAACCGACUUCGUCAUAUUUGGAAGCCGGAGGCACCAUUGAAAUACCUCAUCCCUUGGAGUCGCUUCAUCAUGAGGUAGAGCUCGCAGUCGUGAUCAGUAAGAGAGCUCGCGAUGUUCCCCAGUCCACUGCUAUGGAUUACGUUGGAGGCUAUGCUCUUGCACUGGAUAUGACUGCCAGAGAAAUUCAAGCUUCAGCAAAGGCUGCAGGUCUUCCAUGGACAAUUGCUAAAGGCCAGGAUACCUUCACGCCAAUCAGUUCUGUUCUGCCCAAGGCAUCAGUUCUCGACCCGGACAACUUAGAACUAUGGUUGAAGGUAGACGAAGAAAUAAGGCAGAAAGGCUCGACCAAGGAUAUGAUAUUUAAGAUCCCAUAUCUCAUAAGCCACAUAAGCUCUUUCAUGACACUUUUUGAAGGGGAUGUUAUACUUACAGGCACACCUGAAGGUGUUGGUCCAGUAAAAGCAGGCCAAAAGAUUACUGCCGGCAUUACAGACCUCCUUGAUGUUAACUUCAACGUCGAGAAAAGGAAGAAGCAAUAGAGUUCACCCAUGUCUUCUACAUCAUAAAACGCCUACUAUUUUGUUUGCAUUUUAUCUGUCUGCUAAAAUUGUUUCAAGACAACUUUAUUGUGACACUCAAAUAAAUUGCGGGGGUAUAAUAAGCUUUUGCACCCAACAACAUUGUCUGUAAAUUCCAUCCAUAUGGUCAAAAUUUUCAUUAAGAAGAACACAAUCACUUCCAUUUAA